AACUCAAUUCCAAAAGGGAAAGGAAAAACGAAAAGAUCCAUUAACCGUGAUAAAAUAACUAACUAUCUAAAGAUUCAUUUAAAAAAAAAGAAGAAAAAAACGUCCACGAUAUGCAGUCUCAAGCCCCUCCCAUGACCUCUUUUGAGGAGAAUAUCACCCGCGCCUAUCAAUUUCUCACGGAGGCCCGUCUGCAGUCGGCGUUGAUGUACAACAGCACCAACUUCUGCAUGGAGCGCUGCCUCGACACGGAGGAGUUGUACACCCUGCGGCGCACCACUCAGGCCCCCAUUCGCUACCGAUUAAAAAAAGACUUGGAGGAAAAGCAGUGUGUGCAGAACUGCUCCGCGAAGUGGGAUGUUAUCCUCCGCACGGCAAUCAUGGAGGCAAAUGAAAAGGAGGUCCGCGAGGUCCAGGCGGACGCGAUGGCGAAAAUGCUGCGCGCGAUGCAAAAGCAGCAAUCGUAAACAACAGAGGGGGGGGGGGGGUAAAGAAGUCCCACCCCGAGGACGAUAUGCGUGAUUGCAUAGGGUUUAACCCUUUCGAAGGGAUUCUCUUUUCACGGUAGGGUUCUUUUGUUAACCUAUUGCUUUCUCCUUUUCUCUUAUUAGUUCAAUGUCGAGGAAAGAGUACCGGCGAUUAUGUGGUACAAAUGCCUCUCUUAUUUGGUUUACGGUGCCUACAGAGGAUAAUAACGAGUCGGCUAACAUACAUAAAUACGUAUAUAUAAAUAUAUAUUUAUAUUUGUGUGUGCCACAUCUCUGAAAAAAAUGACGGACAAACUAACGAAAAACUUUUUCGUCUCUUUCCUUGCAUGAUAAAAAAGAAAAUGACCAGGUUUUUGUAAUUCUACCUCCUUUUCUUACGGGAUAGGGUGGUUGUCAAAGUCAUUAUCCUGCAUCUUUGCAUUAAUAAUGCGGUUUGGUUGAAAAGCAGUAUGAAGUCGAUAUUUGUUUUUUUAUGCAUCCUUUUGAAUUUCCGCUACUUCUAUUUUUAUAAUUUUAAAAUUGGUUAAUAUUGACACUGGAUAGAUAACAUAACAAAUACCUUGUUAGUGUCAAUAAAGUGGAAAGUAUCGACAAGCAUGGCGAUUUUUAGUUGACAUCAGACAUUGACGGUUGCGUAUCUCAGAAAGACAUCACGCGUAACGGCCGAUCAUGGAUCCUACCACUCCAUCCGUAUAAAGCCGCUCUCAAGGGUACAUCAAUUUCUAAAAGUUAAACAAGCGUAUAACGUCUUAUCUGAUCCGUAGAUACACUUGAUUUACGACCACUUCGUUGAAGGUCUAAGGGUUUCAGAUGGCCCUAUGCCAAUGUCUCUCGCUUUCAUGCGGAGUGCCGUGUUUGGAGGUAUGUUUUGGAAGGUCAUGCUUUUGCUUCUCAAUUUGAUCUUAGUAUUCCUUGCGCUCCUUGGUGAAUAUGUGGAUGGCCGAUUAUUUUCCUUAUGAAAAUACAUACAGAUAUUUUCUCUUUUAUUAACAAUGACUGUGUUGGUGACAAUGAACACUCUUGAAAUGAUACUUAUUGCACUCGACAUGGGUCUAUAAGCACGAUUUGUCUUUUCUUAGCAACUUUGUCUAUUCAGCCUAUAAUCACCAUUCUUACGGUUAACGAUUCUGACGGAAGAAAUGAGUGUUACGGUCAGAUUAAUUAUAAUUCUGAAUUGAAUGACUGAUUAAAGUGGAGUGCGUGACGGUGUCAAGCAUAUCUAAUGCGAUCUUUUUUUUUACAUAUUUGGGUUAUGCGAAUGGAUACUUCACUUUGUAGUUACUCUUAUAUGAAGUCGCACU